AUGGUCUGUGACGACCCUGAGUACAGACCCGAGGGUCUCGUACAACUCAAGGAUGCCAAACGGGCCGACUUUGUGAUCAUCUGUGGGGGCUUCAAGUUUAAGGUGCACAAGGUCAUAGUCAGCAGCUGGUCCAAAUGGUUCCAGCGAUGCAUAGACGGCAAAUUCAAGGAGGCAGAGAUGAGUUCCGUGACUCUCGAAGAGCAAGAACCGUACGUGGUAGCAAUGGCUCUGAUGUACAUGUACACUGGUUACUACAUGACAGAUGACAUCAGUCAAGUGUGGCCGACAUUGGGAGUCAAGCGGGCCGAGAUGGACGACGAUGAUGGAAAGGGCUUGGAUGGCUUUAUCAAGCUCCUGAUGCUGGCUGAGUUCUUACUGAUGGACAAGCUCGUUGAGGACGCAUCCGAAGAGAUUCUUGACCAAAUCGAUCUCGUAUUCGACAAGUCUACCAAUGAGGAUGCCCCGCAAGACCCAUGGCGAGACCGGUGGUUGCAUCAGUUGCGCUGGAAGCUCGAGGCUAUGUCGUUCAACCUGGAUGUUCUCGACAAGAUCUACGAAGACGUCUCUAAUGCCGUUGAGCUACGAGCUCUUUCAUGGGGCGAUACUACCGACCCAACAGAGACCCAGAUCGACUCGUUCAAAGAAGAUGCGGAUCUCUUGCAUGUCAAGCUUCAGAGGCUGCAAGUACGCCUGAAGUCCACGAUUGAGGCCCAAGAUGUUGUGCUGUACAAAGUGGCUCGGCACUACAGCGACGAGAUCGAGAAGUUGAAGAGUGAUCAUAAGGCAGAGCUCCAGCGUCGUCAAGUCCCCAGCAUGCCCAGAGACGGGUGGACGUCCGGGUUCUAG